AUGGAGACAAGAAAGAGAUUUUCGUACGGGAAGAUUUACGUAGCAUAUGGUUUUCUUAUGAGCCUCAUUGGCAAUGGGAAUUUUGCUACUGCUCUUUCAAUCACUGUGACAGACUUGGAAUGUGUCUCGGAGCAAGUUUUGUAUGAGGGAGAUACCGUCUCCGGAAACUUUGUUGCUAUCGACCAUGACAUCUUCUGGAGCUCCGAUCAUCCCGGUAUCGAUUUCACCGCGAUGACUCCAAGAGGUACCAUAGUGUUCUCUCUAAAAGGAACAUCGGGGGAUAAGUUUGAAUUCAAGGCGCCGCAGAGCGGAAUCUACAAGUUCUGUUUUCGCAAUCCGGUUUCAACUCCGGAGACUGUAUCUUUCUACAUUCAUGUUGGCCACAUCCCAAAUGAACAUGACUUGGCUAGAGACGAACAUAUGGACCCUCUUAAUAUUAAGAUUGCUGAGCUGAGGGAGGCAUUGGAGUCUAUAACAACAGAGCAAAAGUACCUUAAAGCACGAGAUGCCAGGCAUAGAUAUACAAAUGUUAGCACGAAAAAACGUGUGAUCUACUUCACACUUGCAGAGUACAUUGUGUUUGCUGCUGCAAGUGCUCUUCAAGUGGUGUACAUCCGCAAUCUGUUCAGCAAGACGGUUGGCUACAACAGAGUUUAA